AUGCCUUCAUAUAGCAGUGAAGAGUUUUACGCAGACUGGCGCCAUUCUGUGAAAGAAGACUUCGUUACCUCGUCCGAUCAGCCUUACCCGUAUGCCGACAACGGCCAUCGCCAAUGGAGCAAUGAGCUUCACAAAUUCACCUUUGAUGAAAUGGCACAUCGUGGUACCGUAAGUAAUGGUGGGAAGCAUCUAGCCUUGGCAGUCAAGAACGACAUUCAUGUUGUUGACACCGAAACAUGGGGCACCAUUGCUGUUCUCAAGGGACAUACUUCAGAGGUCCAUGCCGUCGCCUUCAGACCUGACGAUAGCAACGUGCUUGUUUCAUCUGAAGCGGAUUACAACCGCAGCAACAUCAUGACGUACCCCUUGAUUAUCUUCUGGAAUAUCGAAGAAGAGCGAGCAAAGCAUCCCAACGAUGAUGACUCGUAUGCAGAUGCUGCUCAAGCUGCUGCAUCAACUGCAGCCAAGAAAUUGACAAACCAUGGGGUCGACCUGACAGAUGAAGAGUUAAGAAGCCUUGAGGAAGACCUUCAACCAGUUAUCGAUCGCGCGGCUGCGAGACACAUAGCAAAACGACAUGUUACUAUCGACGGUCGACUGCAAGCCAGCUUCCAGGCUCAGAUCUUCAGCCCUUCAGGGAAAUGGAUGAUCUAUCUGCCUGGAAGAGCACCUGGAUCAAACAGAGACGACCCAUGGGAUAUGCAGAUUAUCUCCACCGACACUCUUGAGAAGAAGUUUCUUCUCCAAGGCCACACCGACUCAAUCAUGUGGACAGGGUGGAGCCCAGACGAGAGUCUUUUUGCUUCCAUCUCAUGGGACACUACUAUUCGUAUCUGGGAUGCCCACACCGGGGACCAGAAACAUUGUUUUACGACUGAAACUCAGAAUUGGACAGGCGGCUUCAGUUCUGACAUGAAUUACUUUGCGGCAACGAAUGGGCAAGGCCACGUGAGAAUCUUUUCACUGCCCUCAGGCGAACUGCAUUGGAUGUAUGAAGGUCAAAAAGGUAAUGGUUGGAGACGAAGCGUCGACUGGCACCCAAACAACCAAUGGCUUGUCGUUGGUGGAGAAAGACUUGGGGAGAUUUUUAUCCUGGAUGUGAUAGAGAAAAGGCGGACACAGAAGAGAGUCUUGUCCACAGACGAUUGCACAAGGGACGAGGUGUAUCGCGACAUGAUGAAGAGGAUGUUGGUUGCCCAGAAAGUGCAGUUCUUUGACGGCGGCAACAAGUUGGCAGUCUGUACGCAGGGUGAUAGUAGUAUCGAGGUGUAUGAUAUCAAACAAGAGGUGAAAUGGAGAUUUCCCAGAGGCGGGACAGACGAUGGACCGGAGGCGGAGAAAUGGAGGGGUGAGAAUGGGAAAGUCACGAGCAAAGGAGGGCGCGGCAUGGUCGCAUGGGAGGAUCGCUCCAAGGAUGUGUUGAGAAUGGCUAGUCUUGACUUUGAUGGUGUCCGUAUCUGGGAAGUGCCACUGACUGUGUAA